AUGUUGUCAAAUCAGCGUGAACGGCACUCCGAGAAACCCCGGAACUCACGCCAAGCAGAUCAAGAACAAAGUCGAUCGAUGCCCUGGCCGACAAUCGGAGGAACUGGACGAAUGACAUUCGAAUUCACCCUCCUGCUGGAAGGCACCUCCAAAGACUUUGAAACCACGGCCAAUGCGAUAUACGACCUUUGCGACGAUGCGUUGGUAGCCGAGUGCCGUGGCGUGACCUCGGUUGAGUUUUCCCGCGAGGCCCCCACAUUCGAGAAGGCCCUGUUAAGCGCCUUAACCACGCUGAUCGAUCAUGGGUUUAAGGUGUCGCGAAUCGAGCCGAACGAUUUGGUAGGUGAGACCGAAAUCGCAAGGCGAAUCGGACACUCCAGGCAAAGCGUUCACCAGUACGUUAACGGAGACCGUGGACCAGGGGCGUUUCCGCUACCCACAGCCGAUGUGAGUGGCAGCCGCCCGUUGUGGCACUGGCAUGAGGUGCUCGCCUGGCUAGUCCAGCACAGCAUCUGGGGAGAUCAGUCCGCGCUCGACACCGCCGAGUCGAUCGCAAUGGCCAAUGCCGCGCUCGAACUUCUGCGACAUCCCCAACACCAGCGGAUUCUGGCAGCACUCAAAGAAAAAGAAGAACUGCACGUCGAUAUUUGCAACGCCUGCCAUCCCUUCUACACGGGCAAACUGAAGUUCGUCGACUCGGCCGGCCGUAUCGAGAAGUUCAAGAACAAGUUCUCCGGCGGCAACUACGCCAGCCUGAAACGCGGCAAGAAGAAAGCCGAGACAAAAAGAAAGGUCAUGCGAAAGCAACUCGAAGAAAAACUCGCCCGCUUUGAAGAGCUUGAAGCUCAGCUCAACGAUCCAGAAGUUCAGGCCGAUGGUAUGCGCAUCGCCAACGUCGCCCGCGAACAUGGCACGUUGGCCAAGCUGGCCACCAAGUAUCGUCGCUUCAAGCAGCUAAACGCACAGGUAGCCGAGGCCAUGGAAAUGGUCGAAGGCGACGACGCCGACAUGCGCGAGCUGGCCGAAGCCGAACUGCCCGAACUCCGCGAACAACGCGAAAAGCUCUGGGACGAUCUGCUCGACUUGACCAUCGGGGGCGAAGACGCCAACCGCACACGCAUCAUCGUAGAAAUCCGCGCCGGCACCGGGGGCGACGAAGCCGCACUGUUCGCCCGCGAUCUGUACGAGAUGUAUAAGAAGCUGGCUGAAACGCACAAAUGGAAGGUCGAAGUGCUCGACACCAGCCCCACUGAACUCGGUGGGUUCAAAGAAAUUGUGCUCGGUGUAGCCGGGGAAGACGUUUACCGGCUGCUGCAGUUCGAAAGCGGUGGGCACCGCGUGCAACGCGUUCCAGAAACCGAAACCAAGGGCCGCAUUCAUACCUCGGCCGCCACGGUUGCCGUAAUGCCCGAGCCAGAAGACGUCGAAGUCGAUCUCAAGGACGACGAAUAUCGGCUCGAUCUGUUCUGUGCCAGUGGUCCCGGUGGUCAGCACGUGAACAAGACCACCUCGGCCGUGCGGCUCACCCACUUCGAAACCGGCAUCGUCGUAAGCUGCCAGGACGAAAAGAGCCAGCACAAGAACAAAGCCAAGGCCAUGCGGGUGCUCAAGAGCCGGUUGUACGAACACUAUCGCGAGAUCGAAGCCCAAAAACGCUCGGACGAACGCCGCACCAAAGUCGGUUCCGGCGACCGCAGCCAGCGGAUUCGCACCUACAACUUCCCAGAAAACCGCAUCACCGAUCACCGCAUCAACUUCACCCUCUACAAGCUCGACAGCGUCCUGGCGGGCGGUCUCGACCCGGUGAUCGAGGCGUUGAUCGAUCACGAACGCCAAGAACUUCGCUGGACGGCCGGUUACCUGGGCGAAAACCACUCCGACACGCCCCGGCUCGAUGCCGAACUUCUGCUUGCCCAAGCCUUGGGCUGCCAACGCAUCGAACUCUAUACAGCCUUCGAAAACGUCCCCACCGAAGAGCAACGCACGGCGUUCCGCUCGCUCGUGAAACGCCGCGCCGCCGGAACCCCGGUUGCCUAUCUGUUGGGGCACCGCGAGUUUUACUCGCUCGAUUUCCAAGUCACGCCCGACGUGCUAAUCCCUCGUCCCGAGACCGAGUUCCUGGUCAUCGCCACGCUCGACAAACUACGCGAGCGAGGGGAUCACGCAGCUCCGGCCGACGUCGUCGAUAUUGGCACCGGCAGCGGGGCGGUCGCCAUUUCCCUGGCGAAGCACUCGCCGGAAGCCAACUUCACGGCCAUCGACAUCUCGCCCAAAGCCCUCGAGGUGGCCCAAGCCAACGCCGCCGUGCACGAGGUUGACGAGCGGAUAAACUUCCUGGAAGGCGAUCUACUCACAGGGCUCGACGAGUCGCCCCAGUUCGAUUUCGUCGUGAGCAACCCGCCAUACAUCUCAACCUCAGAGAUGGCCGAACUCCCCGUCGAGGUGGCCGACUACGAACCGCACUUGGCCCUCGAAGCCGGUCCCGACGGCACCGACGUGAUCCAGCGUCUCAUCCCCCAGGCAACCACCAGACUCCGCCCCGGCGGAUACCUCUUCAUCGAGAUCAGCCCCAUGAUCGAAGCCCGCGUCCGUGAGCUACUCGGUAGCGAAGCCGAUCUCGAACUCCUCCCCACCGUCAAAGACCUCGCCGGCCACGCCCGUAUCGUCGGCGACAAGAGGCCCUCAGCAAACGGCUUUCCCCGCCAGGUCGCCGGUUCGAAGAACGCCAGCCUUCCCAUCAUGGCCGCCGCGAUUCUGGCCCAAGGUCGCGUCUCACUGCAAGACGUUCCCCAUCUGCAAGACGUAAGGACGAUGGCCCAAACCUUACGCGCCUUGGGCCUUCACGUUCGCCACGACGCAGACGGCCAACUCGAACUGGAAACCAUCGCUCCGAACCAAAUCACCGCUCCCGAAUCGCUCGUCUCGCAAAUGAGGGCCAGCUUCUGUGUGCUAGGCCCCUUGCUGGCCACGCGGGGACGAGCGGUGGUGGCACUGCCCGGCGGAUGCGCCAUCGGUCGGCGCCCCGUCGAUCUCCAUCUGCAAGGCCUGGCCAAACUGGGCGCCGAGUUCGAAGCUCGCGACGGAUACGUCAUAGCCCGAGCCCCGCGACUAAAAGGCACCACCAUCAACUUGCUGGGGCCCCAUGGUCCCACCGUCACUGGCACCGCCAACGUGCUUUGUGCCGCCACACUCGCAAAAGGCACCACGAUAAUCAAAGGGGCCGCCCGCGAGCCGGAAGUUGUCGAACUCGGUCACUUCCUCCAGUCCAUGGGCGCCCGCAUCACAGGGCUAGGCACUUCACGGCUUACUAUUGACGGUGUCGAAAGCCUCGCCGGCACCCGCCACACCCUGUGCGGCGAUCGCAUCGAAGCCUGCACCUAUUUAUUGGCGGCCGCCAUAACCCGCGGGGACGUCACUGUGCGGGGCAUCGACCCCAAUCACAUCACCAGUCUGUUGGAAAUUCUCCAGCAAGCCGGCCAUACGGUGAUCACCCAACAACAAUCCGUUCGUUUGAUCGCCACUCCGCGCCCUCGCCCCAUCACCACUUCGGCCGAACCCUACCCCGGCGUCCCCACCGACGUGCAACCGCUGCUGGCCGCCUGCGCCGCAAUCACGGCCGGGCAAAGUCGAAUCACCGAUCACGUGUUCCCCGAACGUUUCCGCUACGCCGUGCAGUUGACGCGGAUGGGGGCCAAACUUUCCCGCAGCGGUUCAACGCUCAUCAUCCAAGGCCGACGGUCGCUGGAAGGUGCCGUCAUCGACGCCCAAGAUCUACGGGGAGGCGCCGCACUCGUCCUUGCCGCACUGGCGGGUCGCGGCGAAACAAUCGUCCGCGGGCUGCAACACCUCGACCGGGGCUACGAGCAACUGGAACGCAAACUCUCCGCCCUGGGGGCCAGCAUUCAUCGCGUGGACGCUCAAUUUCCCAGUUCGCGAAAGCCCAUUCCGCCAGCGGAAUACACCUCCGGCCCGCCUGCGUUGUCAGUCGCCACACGUCCAACGCGGGAAAUCCUCGCCCAGCGGUUGCCGUGGAGCCCUUUGGCAUACGUCCCUGGGGUGAAUGCCGCCGGCGAUCGUCAGCGAUACGCCGAAGAACUCACCGGCCGGGUCAAGCCUGAGAACGAUAUGCGAUUCAUCCACGAGUCGCCCUCGGGGCAACGCCAAGCCAUUUUCGCCCAGCGUUUGCCGUGGGACUCCGACUUCUUCGGCUACGACGUGGCCCGGCUCGAUGGCAUCUUCCCACUGGACGAACCGUUCAAUCAACAAGCCAUCGAUGUGAACCGCUCGCUAGAGUUGCUCGUCGAAGAAGCUCGACGUCGCGGAAUCAAGUAUCUCUUCGCCCCGGUCGAUCCUCGCGAUCUGUCGCAACUAAGGGCGUUAGGCGAUCAGCAAUUCACCCUGCUCGAAACCCGCAUCCACUACCACUUCAAUGUGCAGAUCGUGCAUUACGUCCGCUUGCCCGAUCAUGCCCCCGACGUCUGGACGCGGUUCCGCGAAGCCACCGAAGAAGACAUCCCCUCGCUGGCCCAAGUGGCCCGCGACUCGGUAAACCCCUACGAUCGCUUCCACGGCGACCCGUUCUUCAACCGCGAAGACGUCGAUCGCCUGAUGACGCGUUGGGUCGAAGAGUCGGUCCGCAAGAACUUUGCCGACCUAACAGUGGUGCCCGAUGUCGAUCAGCCGAAAGCGUUCAUCACUUACCGCUUUCAUAAAGAUAAAUGGGAUCGCUGGGGCAUGAACCUGGUACAGCCGGUGCUCUCGGCCGUCGAUCCCGAAUACCUGGGCUGGUUCACGGUCGUCGGGCCGCUGCUGAAUCAGCAUCUCCGCGAACAGGGAGCCCAAUACGCGUUCGGCAAAACUCAAAUCACGCUCGGGCUCGACGUGAACCGUCAGGCACUCGAAGCAUUACCACCCCAGCACGACGAUUGGCUCAUCAUCGCUGGCGAUGUGGGCGAAAAGCCCGAUCACCUCGAGUUCGCCCUUCGCACGCUAUUGCCGCGCUUUCGCCAAAUCAUUUGGGUCCCGGGCAAUCACGAUCUGUGGACACUGCCCAACGACAAGGACGGGCUGCGCGGCGAACAUCGCUAUCUGCAGCUUGUCUCUAUUUGCCGCAAGUACCGCGUGACAACUCCGGAAGACCCUUACCCAAUCUGGAAUGGCGAAGGGCUGCAGUGCACGAUUGCCCCUUUGUUCUUGCUGUACGACUACACAUUCCGCCCAGACGACGUGGCUGAAGACAAAGCCGUCGAUUGGGCCAUGGAAUCGGGAAUCUUAUGUGCCGACGAAGCUUACCUGCACCCCGACCCUUAUGAGUCCCGCACCGAUUGGUGCGAGGCCCGCUGUCGCAUCACUGCCCGACGCCUAGCUGAUACCGAUCCUACGCUGCCACUGAUACUGGUGAAUCACUUCCCCCUGCGAUACGACGUAGUGCGCUUACCUGCCAUACCUCGCUUCUCUAUUUGGUGUGGAACCAAGCGUACCGAAAAUUGGCAUCAACGUUAUCGAGCGGCCGUCGUCGUUUCAGGGCACCUUCAUGUGCGAGGAACUAUGUUCCGUGAUGGGGUGCGAUUCGAAGAAGUAUCGCUCGGCUACCCUAAGCAGUGGCACCCCGAACGAGGCAUGCAACCGUACCUUCGAGAAAUCCUUCCCGGCCCUCCCACGGUCGCUGUGUAG